GACCACAAAUUCGAUUCCAAUAAACAACACAACAAAAAAACAACACUAUCUUUUUGUUUGUUUUUUCACCAUUUCAUCAUUAUUUUCUUCAAUGAUUCCAUUUCCAUGUAUAAAAAACAAAACUCUCUUCACAAAAUAAUUUCACAACCAUCAAUAAGAGGAAAAAAAUGGAGCGUUUGCCUCAAGAUUUAGUCUCCAAAAUCCUCAUAAAGUUACCAGCAAUAGAGUUAUCAAAAUGCAAAUGCAUUUGCAAAUCAUGGUUAGAUCUCAUAACUAAUCCUCAAUUUACUACAAAUUAUUAUACUGUCUACAACAAGAACCAACAAGAACAUCUCUUAGUCAUUCGUAGACCUUUUCUAUGUGGUCUCAAAACAUAUAUUUCUCAUCUUUCAUGGAAUUUUAAUGAUCCAAAAAAACAUGUUUUGUCUGAGAUUUUCAACCCACCUUAUGAAUUCAGUUCUGACCAUAAAUAUUGGACUGAAAUAAUGGGUCCUUGUAAUGGUAUAUUCUUUCUAGAAGGUAAUCCAAAUGUCUUGAUGAACCCUUCUUUGAGAGAGUUUAUGGUUUUGCCUCAAUCCCAUUUUACACCUCCUCAGGGUUUUUAUUCUUUCACUGAGUAUUAUGGUUUUGGGUUUGAUUAUAAAACUAAUGAUUAUAAAGUUGUGGUUUUGAAGGAUCUUUGGUUGAAGGAAACAGAUGAGAGACAAAAUGGGUAUUGGAAUGUUGAGUUGUACAGUUUGAAUUUGAAUUCUUGGAGGAAGAUUGAUGCUGAAGAUUUGCCUCUUCCGUUUGAUAUUUGGGGUUCUUCUAGAGUUUUCACUUUUGUGAAAAACUGUUAUCAUUGGUGGGGUUUUGUUGAUGGUAAUAUAGGAGAUUUUGUUUUAGCAUUCAACAUGGUUGAUGAAAUGUUUAGGAAGAUAAAAGUGCCUAGAAUUGAGUAUUCUAGUUCUUCAGUUGAGUGUUUUAAAACAUUGGUGCCUUUUGAUGAACAUGAUACUAUUGGUGUUAUUGUUUAUCCUAUUAGAGGAAUAGAGAAAUAUUUUGAUGUUUGGGUGAUGAAGGAUUAUUGGGAUGAAGAGUCUUGGAUUAAGGUGUAUAGUGUUGGACCUGUGCCUGUGAUUUAUAAGCUUGUUGGGUUUUAUGGAGGGAACCGGUUUCUUUGGAAAGAUAGCAAUGAGAGGUUGGUGUUGUAUGAAUCUGAGAAGGGAAAUGUGAGGUGUCUUCAGGUUUAUGGAAAGUAUGAUUCAAUAAGAGGUGUUAGAUACGUGGAAAGUCUUGUUUCGCUUCGAAGAGGAAAUCGAAGUGGGCGUCAAUGCUUUUCAUGUAGUUUGAUUCCAGAUCCUUUACUGAAUUUGGGUGAGUAGUUUUCUGUUCUUUUAGCUAUAAGUAGUUUAGUUUCAGAUUAUUUGUAUGAUGUGUUUUUGUAUCUGAAUUCUCCCUUUGAAGAUGCAUACCUUAGUAGUAGAUCAGAAAACUAUGCGAAGCAUGAAAUGAAAGAUAACAAAUUUAUGUUUUGUGUUUCAUAAA